UUUAAAUUUACCAUUUCUAGACAGGUAGUAAUUGUUAAUAACGAAAUUAAGGCGAUCGGGUCUUGGGAAAUUGCUAUAAAUUAGCAUUACAAUAUUUGUGGAAAUUGCUUUAAACAUUGCAUUAUAAUUUGCUGCGCUGAAACUGUUGGAGUGAAGAACUUUUUGAUAAUAGCAGGGUGGUUUAAGUGAUACGUCUGUAUUUGUUCAAAAUUUAUUUUGGAUUUCUGCACGAUUUUUUUUAACAUACUGGGGUUGUAUAUCGGCAGUUGAAAUAUCAAUGAAUUCUAUGCAAAAGGAAUAAUGUUGGGAAUGAAUCGCCGUGGAAUUAAUACUGUUACAACAAUGGCGUCUCAAUCAGGCAUGGAUGACAGUAAUUGGAAAAACAUAAGCGUAUCCGAAAACUCAACACUUCUAAACAAUUCUAACAACACUAAUUUGAACUCCGAUGGAUCAAAUCAAAGUGUAUUUCCACAAAACAGUAUUGCAUAUAAUUCUAGUAACAGUCAAUAUCCUCAGGGAGGUCAGUCUUCUCCUGCCGGUAAUCAGUCUAUAAUAUUUCAAAAUUCGAAUCCUGCUGGUUCUAAUACUCCUCAGUAUACGUCUUCGCCUGCUCCAUCUGGUUCUUCUACACCAGGACCAGUUGUACAACAAGGCAUUGGUGGUUCAUAUACUCAGUCUGCGAGUUCGGGAUCGUUUAAUGGUCCAGUUGGAGGUCCGUUUGGUUCUCCCUCUUCGAAUUUAAAUCAAUUUAACAGACCAUCAAAUGCAGGAACUCCUUUUAAUUCAGGGCAGGGCAGCCACUUUUCUUCGCAAGUUUUUGGAAGCCAAUUCGGCACUCUAUCAACUACUUCUCCAUUUAGUCAUGCAGGCAGCCACCCAAUGAUGGGAAGCUCCCAACAAAUAGACCGUAUGGAGCAAGGCUUUAGAAGACAUAAUUCUUAUUUUAGUCAUACUGAACAUCGCGUUUUCGAAUUGAAUAAACGGCUUCAGCAACGUACAGAUGAAAGCGAUAACUGUUGGUGGGAUUCCUUUACCACUGAGUUCUUUGAAGAUGAUGCACGGUUAACAAUAUUGUUUUGUUUGGAAGACGGUCCAAAAAGAUAUACUAUUGGUCGAACAUUAAUACCACGAUUCUUUCGCAGCAUCUAUGAAGGAGGAGUAUCUGACUUAUACUUCCAGCUUAAACAUGCAAAAGAGUCAUUUCAUAAUACAACUAUUACUCUAGAUUGUGACCAAUGCACAGUAAUAACGCAACAUGGUAAGCCAUUUUUUACUAAAGUAUGUGCUGACGCAAGACUUAUACUGGAAUUUGUAUAUGAUGAUUAUAUGCGAAUAAGAUCAUGGCAUAUGACAAUUAAAGGCCAUAGGGAACUUAUUCCUCGGUCUGUUAUAGGAACUUCGAUACCACCUGAUCCAAUGCUAUUGGAUCAAAUAACAAAGAAUAUUACAAGGGCAGGAAUUACAAAUUCUACUCUGAAUUAUCUUCGAUUAUGUGUUAUACUGGAGCCAAUGCAAGAAUUGAUGUCUAGGCAUAAGGCAUAUGCGCUCAGUCCACGGGACUGUUUAAAAACCACAUUGUUUCAAAAGUGGCAACGAAUGGUGGCUCCUCCAGGAAAAAAAGAUCCACAAAGACCUGCGAAUAAAAGACGUAAACGGAAAGGAUCUAAUUCAGGAGGAGCGGCAAAUGCAGGAACGCCUCCGGUUACCAAUCAAAAGAGAUCUCCGUCAGGUCCAAAUUUUUCGUUAUCUUCACAAGAUGUAAUGGUUGUAGGUGAACCAACAUUAAUGGGUGGUGAGUUUGGUGAAGAAGAUGAAAGAUUAAUUACAAGAUUAGAGAAUACUCAAUAUGAUGGAACUAAUGCUGUGGAGCAUGAAAAUCAUUCAGGAUUUGGCCACGCAGACUCCCCAAUAUCAGGAUCAAAUCCAUGGAAUAUGGAUCGCACAGGAAAUAUCCCUUCUAGUCCUAGCAACGCUUCUGUACAGCAGAAUAGUUCCAAUAUAUCUGAAAUAGACAAAAAAAGUCCAAUAGUUUCGCAAUAGAUUCCGCAGUGUGCAAAUACUAUUAUUAUAUUCACUUCGUAAUACUACGUUCGGACCGACAUUGAAAACAUUUUGAAAACAUAACUUGUGGAUUGUGGAACCAAAGUCGUUCUGACCGACAUCAUGUGUUUUCGAUGCAUUUUCAUCGAGAGUUCACGAAUUUAUUUGUUUGUUUAAAUUUUGAGCAAUGGGAAUGGUAUAUUGUAGAAUCUUUAAUAUUUGCUUAUAAUUAUUAUUAAUGAUCGUAUUU